AUGAAUCCUGCUUGGCAAGCAGCAAUGGCACAAGAAUUUGAAGCAUUACAUACUAAUAACACUUGGAACUUGGUCCCUCUACCAGCUGGUAAAAGGGCAAUAAGGUGCAAGUGGGUGUACAAAAUUAAACACAAAUCAGAUAAGAGUGUUGAGAGAUUCAAGGCAAGGUUGGUUGUAAAAGGGUACACACAACAAGCUGGGAUAGACUAUACUGAAACCUUUUCCCCAGUUGUUAAGAUGACUACAGUGAGAGGGUUAAUUGCAAUAGCAAUUAAAAAGGGGUGGCAGCUCUUUCAACUGGAUGUGAAUAAUGCAUUCAUUCAUGGAGACCUUCGUGAAGAAGUGUAUAUGGAUGUACCUCCUGAUCUGGCAAGUAGGCAAUUGUAUGAAAAAUUAGCAGAGGCAUUGUGUUCCAGAGGGUAUGUACAUUCAAUGCUGGAUUAUUUCUUAUUUUAUAAGAAAGCUGGAGCUUCGGUCAUUUUUGUUGCCAUGUAUGUCGAUGAUGUUAUAAUCACAGGGUCCCAACUAGAUGAGAUAGAAUCACUAAAAGGGUUCCUACAUGAGACAUUUAAGAUAAAGGAUUUGGGGAGGUUGAAUUACUUCUUAGGACUAGAGGUUUUGUAUAAACAUGAUGGUGUCCUAAUAUCCCAAAGGAAGUUCACCAUGGAUCUAUUAAAGGAAUAUAAUUGUCUGCAGUAUUCUCCAAUGUCUUCUCCUCUUGAUCUUCCAAUCAAGUUAAAGGUGGAUGAGGGGACCUUGUUGCCAGAUCCAACAUAUUAUAGAAAGUUGAUUGGUAAACUGAAUUUCCUUACUAAUACUAGACUCGACAUUGCUUAUAACGCACAACACUUGAGUCAGUUCAUGCAAAGUCCUAGAGAUACUCACCUGAAGGCUACAUUUCAUGUGCUAAGAUACCUCAAAGGAGAUCCAAACUUGGGCAUCUUUCUUUCUAAUAGUGACGACUAUAGAGUUCGAGCCUUCUGUGACUCAGAUUGGGGAACCUGUCCUAAGUCCAGAAAAUCAGUAAGUGGGUACAUAGUGCUUUUUGGGGACAAUCCCAUUAGUUGGAAGUCAAAGAAACAGUCUACUAUUGCUCUUUCUUCUAUUGAGGCAGAGUAG